GACGAGACGAGUCACGAAUCCGGAUAGAGCGCCGCCCCCCAACCUGCUGCGCCGACCCUGCUCGCCGCCGGCCCGAGUAGAGAGAGAGAGAGAGGAGAGAAGGAAGCAUGACGACAAUCCGUCGGUUCUGCUGCGACGACCUCCUCCGCUUCGCCUCCGUCAACCUGGACCACCUCACCGAGACGUUCAACAUGUCGUUCUACAUGACGUACCUGGCGCGCUGGCCCGACUACUUCCACGCCGCCGUCAGCCCUGGCGGCCGCGUCAUGGGUUACAUCAUGGGUAAAGUUGAAGGCCAAGGUGAAUCUUGGCAUGGACAUGUCACAGCGGUUUCUGUUGCCUCUGAAUUUCGUAGGCAGAAGUUAGCCAAAAAACUUAUGAACUUACUGGAGGAAAUCAGUGAUAAGAUGGAUAAGGCCUACUUCGUGGAUCUCUUUGUAAGGGCAUCUAACAUGCCAGCGAUAAGGAUGUAUGAAAAGCUUGGUUAUGUGGUUUAUCGAAGGGUGCUCCGGUACUACUCAGGGGAAGAAGAUGGCCUCGAUAUGAGAAAAGCAUUAUCACAAGAUGUUGAGAAGAAGUCCAUCAUACCACUCAAGAGGCCAAUUACGCCUGAUGAACUUGAAUAUGAUUGAUGUUAGCUACCUGGUGCUUACGUUGGAUGCUCCGGUGGGGAAUUUGACAGGCUUUGAAAAUCUGGUAGUGAGUGUAUUGUUGUCGUUUUUACGCCUGCUAGGGGACAGGUUUUGAUGGUGAAUUCUGCAG